AUACUAUCCAUGUAGUUGGUAGGUUAUUUAACAGAGAAACAGAUGCAGAAUGGUCAUUGAGCGCGCGCAUCGCACAUAAAUGAAGGAUGCUCAGAGAGAUACAGCAGGUGUUGCGGUUUUUCCAGCUUUUUGGAAAGAAACGGCAAGAAGAUGGUUUGAUCGCGACAGGAGGGCUUUUAGUACUUCUAUGGACGGACACAGGAGAUUCAUUUCAAAGUGUAAACUGCACUAUUGCAGCUGCUGGUCACUGGUGCACAGGGAUUAACAUGAAGGAACUCCAACCUGAUUUGAAGGUGAGGAUGUUUCCCUCUGGCUCGUGUCCUUGUCCUCCACCUGACCCAGAUGAUCUGUGUGCCUUCACUGAAUUAUAUGGUUCCCUCAGAUUGCUUCUGUCUUUUCAGAUAAACGAUGCAACAGUUUUCCGUCCAGAGUUGUGUGCUCGUAUAGAACGGUUUCUACACUCGUACAGUUUGGCUAACCCAAGGAUCAAAACCCACUUCAAGUUCAAAUUCAGCCAGCAGACCUUCCAGCGAGACUUCAGCUACAAUAAGAGAGCGACCAUCAAGAAUACAGCAAUAGAAAACAGAUGGUCACUGAUGCUGGAUGUCACGUGUAAAACACAGCCUCCAGCGUGUGUGAAGAAAGGACGCUGGUGUCAGGGAGGACACCCUGUCCUCGGAGGCUGGUUGCCCCUCAGUGUCCCCCCUGAAGCCAUGGACCAGGGCCUGUUCGGGGAGCUCAGCAUCCAGCCCGUCACACUGCUGAGCCCCUGUGUAAUGCAGUACCCCAAUCUGGCAACACAACUCACACACAUACAAGUGUUGGUAUACGGCCCCAGUAAUGUUCCACUCACAGGGCCCUCCACCUUCUUCCAGAACCUCCCUGCUCAUCUGGACUGUCAGGACCUGGGGCUGUGCAGCAUUCACUGCUCCUCAGUUCAAGACAGCGUUGGCACUGUGUACACGGUGGAGCAGGAACAGGAGGAUCUGGAGCAGGGAAGUGUUUCCUCGGUACAGCAGAGUCUCCUGCUCUACGUCUUCCUGCAGCACAGUGACCCCUUCGCCUCCCAGCUCUCUGAUAUGAUGGUCACAGAGGUGCUGAUAGAGCACCACCUAGAGGAUAUUCUGAACAACAACAGGCAGGCCAUCACAAAAGCCAUGCAGAACGAGCUGAAGAAUGCUCUGAAAGCCCAAAAUCUUAGAAAAAAGAGCCAACAGAAGAUGCGUGCAGCAGCGGAGGUGAUUCUCAGCUCGUCCAUCAGUAUUGUGAGCUCCAGCAGUAACAUGGACUUCAGGAACGCCUGUCUCAACAGCAUGAAGGUGAGAGACACUCACAACCUGUCCGCCGCCCUCCAUGAAUCCCUGAGGAGGGUGACAUCGUGGAAAUUUGCUCCGAGGGCCAGGUGCUACUCAGCUCAGGUGGAAGAACAGCCUGAGGGUGAUGAUCCCACCAGAAGAGAAAUCUGAGCAUGUCCGUGUUUUGAUUCCUUUUGGUUGAAGGCUGUGAAAGGAGUUCACGUGGAAAUGAUUAUUUUUGCAGUUCAAUGUUUGGCAGUAGCGCUUUUGUUAAUGUAGUGUUGUGUGUUUUACAUCAGAUGUUCUUUUUUAUAAACACAGUGCUAAAAAGAAGAAAAAAUGUAAAGUAGAGUUUUACACUGAAUUCAAGUUGUGAUCUGAGAUAAUCCUCUGUUUUUUUUUAUAUGCA